AUGCAGCCCGUGACGUCGCGGCUUCUCGAACCUGAAGCAGUGCCAGUGCAAGGAGUCCUCAAGCCUCGCGGGCGCAGCUAUGAGGAAGUACGUGAGAAGGCCGUUGUGGCCCGCAGAACUCUUCGCACAACAGUCUUAGCAGCCGAGCUUCUUCAUCUGAGCAUUUGCGCAGCCCUCCUGACCUCGGAGGCACUAGCUGCUGCAAUUGCCAACGACGGGAUGCUCUUCAGAGGGAGCCAUGGCUUUGAAGAAGCCGUGUCGAUGUCGCUGCUGGCAUUGAGCCCCAUCUUGUCGGCAGUCGCCACCGCGGUGUUGUGCUGUCGGGACCUGGCUGUGGAUCCGGGCCUUUCACCAGCCUUUGCGCUCCUUGCUCUUUUUGCAGCUGCUGAAGCUUGCUUCUUGGCCGUGAGCUCAGCAGGCACCGACCGUGCAAUGCAUGCCUUCGGUUGGCCUUUGGAGCUGUUGGUGGCGCUCGGUCGCAGUGGAGCUGCCCUGGCAGCUGGCAGGCCAAGAACAGAGGCUCCGGCGCAGGAGCCCCGAGCUUCACCAAGACCUGUGGGAACGCGGACAAAGCGAAGGCUUCCACCGACCGAGGCUCCGCCCAGCUCAGAAGGUGCCAUCGCGAGCGAGGUGAAACACAGCGUGACCCCCGUGACCGAGGAGACAUUGGCGCUGCCCGUGCAGUCUUGUGCCCUGCUCGACUUCGAGGAACUCGACUAUCAGUCAGCAAGUCCAGAGGAGUGGAAGCAGAAGCUACUGGAGCAGUUGCGGGCAACGCUUGGAAUCACGGAAGAAGCGUGCUCGAGAUUUCAUCUGGACUUUAGAAACGGUGCAGCAGGCAGCCUGGUGGCCGAAAUUCGAGCACCAGAAACAGCCCUGCAGUCUCUGCUGAAAGCCAACAAGCCCUUGGUGCUCAGUCACUGCGGUGUCGUCGCAGCAGCACUACCCACACGCCCGAACAGAGCACAAGAAGGUCUCCAUCACAGUCACUGCGCAGCCGCUCGUGUGGUCAUGGCGUCAGUGAGGACAUGGCAAAGGCAGCUGCACAUGGAGAUGGAAGACCUGAGGAACAAGUGCCAACAGCGUUUUCAGGAAAUAGAGGAGAACUACACCUCUUUCAGCAACCGAUCCCAAGAGCAGCACUCCCGCCUGAAGAGCCUGGAGGCUAAGGCGCAGCUGUCAUUAUAUCGGCCUGCCCUCACGGCCCUCACGGACUCUGUCGAAGUAGCAGGGCAUCCGCGCUCACCAGAGCAGCAUCCUGCACCGUUCCCGCAAGCGCAGGCCGUGGAGGCUGGAGCUGAAGCUGCUGCUGCUUCCGUCGCACGCCGCGUGACGGAACGCGUGCGACAAAACCUGGAGGCCGAGAUGGAGACGCUGCGGCACCGCUUUCUGCAGGUCGUCCGUGACGUGGAGGAUCUUCACCGGAGUGCGGCCAUAGGCCGUGCACAGGCUGCAGAGGCAUCGGCGGCCUCCCUUCGGCAACUUCUCGUGGAGGCUCUGAUCCGACCUGGUCGGCCCGACGAAGCCCAACAAUUGGCUCUCAAACUUCUGAGCCAGGCGCUGAAUGCCGCGACCCUGCUCUCGGCAGCCUCGCUCUCACCCGAGCCGAGCAGUCCGAUCGCAGAGAUUUUCAAGAAGCACGAGAGCGCAGUGGAGACCAGGAAAAUCUGUGAAGACAUCUUGGCGGAGCGGAUCCAAGACCUGCUAGCAGAUGGCCACGGGGCACGUGGUGCUAUUGCCAGCGCUCUGGGCAAAAUGGAGAGCUCGGCAAGUUCAGCUGCUCUUCCUCGCAGUCAGCAGGCUGUGUUGCCGCCACCGCCUCGUAGUACUUCCGAACCAAGGUUGGUGGAUCACCUGAAUGUGAAGAUUUUGGAGCUGCGGGCCUUCUCCUCAGACUCUCCAGCAGCACGGGUGGACUCGGUGAACUUUGGGAUCUUUGGCUGCGUUACGUGCUGCAGCGAAGACCUCGGGCCGCAGGAGUGUUCGAACUUCUCGUGGGCUUGUGGCAAGAUGGAGCUGGAACAUCAGCGAGCCAUUGGCAAGUGGGAAUCCCAGGGCAUCAUCGCGGAGAUGCCUUUUUGCUUUCGAGAAGCCUGGAAGGUGCAGCUGCCGACCGACAAUUGCCAAUACGGCCGGGAGAAUCUAUUUCCCGCAAUGCAGGAGACUUCGAAUCUAGUCCAGGGCUUUGCCAAGAUGUCGGUCAGUUACCAGCAAGAGCCACCGCCUCGGGUAACAGACAUCGGAUUCGUUACCGGAUGCAGGCCCGGGCCGUUGCUGCAAGUCGCAGCGAGUGAGGCCCAGAAGAUCCUGGACACCUUCUCAGAGCAGAACCUUGCAAACACAGCAUGGGGCUUCGCCAAGCCACAGUGGAACGGUCUGGUGCUUAUGGCCCCGGGGCACCAAGUAUCUCGAGUGAAUGCGAGUGUGGCCUCGGCAACUGCAACCUUGGAUCUGGCACUGGCAAAGAUGCCCGAGCUCUUUCCGCAGGUGAAGAAUGCGAUGUUGCUGGCUGCGGCUGAUGCCUCGUCAAGCAUGAAGUUUGCCACCGGCCUGAUGUAUUGCCGCGGGGCACUGCAGAAAGCGGUUCAGGACGCAGUGUUCCUCAAGGUGUACCAGCACCGAGCGCGGGAUUUGGCCAACGCAGCCCGAUCGCCUGGUCGAUUAAAGACGACGGAGCCAGUCGCAGCUGCUAGCAUCUGUUACUGCACAUUCGCUGCCGAAGAUCCAGCAAUGCUUGCCGCAGGAGUUGUCCAAUCUGGCGUGGGCUACAGCGACGCCCCAGACCUUGGGCAAAAUGUCAACGGACGUUCCAGCGUGCAGAACCUGGCGAAUGCAGCUCAGGGGUUCGCCACACUUGGUGCCAUGGGGCUGAAGCGCAUUUCGCAGCCCGAGCCGCAAGCACCGACCAACACUGCAGUUCGAUCGCCGGGAACAUUGGGUGUCAGCAAUGUGGCCGGAUCCUUCGCUUGGAGAUACACAGAGACGGAUGUGUCGUUGGAAGCUGCUGCCACGCAGGGAAGACACAAGGCAGGCGGAGAUGCAUUGCCCUCAGGCGAAGUCGACUUGUGUGAUCUGUCUGCGACUGUCAUCAUGGCUCUUGAAGCUUUGAGCCCGGUGUGGCCACAACGGAUGUCAAGCGCACCUCUGAGACCACCGCCGCGAUCCAUCCUGAAGGCUGCACAUGCUGCACCCUCAUCACCAUUGACGGUCUCAGGGGCAUCGGCGGCCUCGGCGGCUUCGUUGAUGUGCGGUCUGCGGCGUCGUGGACGGCCCAGGCUACAAGCCAGCUUCCGAUGGGAGCAGGGAGAUGCCACCGAUCAGGAGCUGCGAAUCUUCAUGCCGGUGGGCAGCAACACCUCAGCCAAAGACGUCGAGCUAGAGUUAACGGAAACGUACCUGCGAAUCGGUCUGCGUGGCAAACCGCCAAUGAUUGAAGGCGAUUUGUGGAGCUGUGCAGAUGUAGAGGACACUUAUUUCGAGUUGGAGACUCGGCAAACAGAGGUGGCUCGAAAGGAUGUCAAAGAGUUGGUGUUGUACCUCGCGAAGAAAAGGGUCGAGACUUGGGAGGAAAUCUUGCGCCCCUGUUACAAGUGGGAACCUGCUGGACGUUACAACGAGGAGAUCCGAAUCUACGUUCCCCUUCGUGACGAGCUCAGGGCCUCCGACGUUGAUUUCCAGCUGGCCAACGGUCGUCUCCGACUGAGAUGUGCUGAAAAAGUAGUUCUGGAUGGAGAGCUGUGGGGCGCUGUCGAGCUCGAGGACUGCGAUUGGAUGAUAGAUGUCCAUGAUGGCCAGCGAAGCGUUAUUGUUUCCUUGGGAAAGCUGCAUGUGCGCGAGCACUGGGAGAGACUGUGGAAGAGCGAGGAAGGCAAGGCUGGCUGGCCAGUCUUCAAGACAGGCUCACGCAAGGAUGUCGACAUGGCAGUCCUUGGUUCUCUUGAUUAUGUCCAUACCCUCCUAAACCAACGGGAUGUCGACUAUGCGAGGGACUACUUAAACCAUGUCUUGCCUGAUGACGAGGAGCCUUGA